UAUAUAUAUAUAUCGUUUUACUCAGGCGCUCCUCAGGCGCUCCUCAGGCUCCUAAAAUCCAGCUUAGGGCCCCUGUAGACACCCCCCAAGAGAAAAACAGAGCAUUGAACAAGAAGAUGCAAGCUGGCUCUUUUCGGCGUUAGUAUUAAAGAUAAUUUUCGGAAGUAGAUCAGUACAAUGCCAAUAUUUGAUGGCUUGGGGAGUGGAGGAGAGAAGACUGCGAUUGUCAUCGAUUUAGGAGCAGCGUAUACAAAAUGCGGCUUUGCAGGGGAAACGGGGCCCAGGUUCAUAAUUCCGAGCGAGAUCCGAAAACCUGGACAGAAACAAGCCAUCAAAGUGGUUCAGUACAACAUCAACACAGAAGAGCUUUAUGUCAUCCUCAAAGAGUUUAUCCACAUGUUGUACUUCAGGCACUUGCUGGUAAACCCUCGCGACAGAAGAGUGGUGAUCAUCGAGUCCAUCCUUUGCCCGUCUCACUUCAGGGAGACCCUCACCAAGGUCUUCUUCAAACAGUUUGAGGUGCCCUCCGUGCUGUUUGCACCAAGUCACCUCAUGGCCGUCAUGACUUUAGGUAUCAACUCUGCACUGGUGAUGGACUGCGGAUACUCGGAGACGCUUGUGCUGCCGGUUUAUGAGUGUACCCCCAUCCUUCCAGCCUGGGAGGCUUUGCCGCUUGGUGGGAAAGCAAUCCAUAAAGAAUUAAACGCAUUCCUCGUGGAGCAGUGCACCGUGGACACAGACAGCACUACUGGACAGAACGUCUCAGUAGCUAUCGGAACCAUUCCAGAAGAAACAGUGGAGGACAUUAAAGUUCGGACGUGUUUUGUCAGUGACCUGCAGAGGGGACUCAAGAUCCAGGAGGCCACAUUUAACCUGAAUGGAACAACUGAGCGUCCAGCCCCUUGUCCAGAUGUUGAUUAUCCUCUGGAUGGCGAGAAAAUCCUGCAUGUGAGAGGACUCAUCAGGGACUCUCUGAUGGAGAUCAUGUUUGAACAAGACAAUGAGGAGAGGAGUGUGGCCACAUUGAUUCUCGAUGCUCUGGUCAAGUGCCCCAUCGACACACGUAAAGUACUCUCUGAGAACCUGGUGGUGAUUGGAGGUACAUCCAUGCUGCCCGGCUUUCUGCACCGCCUGCUGGCUGAGAUACGCCUCCUGGUGGAGAAACCCAAGUACAGCCACGUGCUGGCCAGCAGGAACUUCCGCGUCCACGCUCCACCCGCCAAGCCCAACUGCACUGCGUGGCUCGGGGGAGCCAUCUUUGGAGCCCUCCAGGACAUCCUGGGCAGCAGGUCGGUGUCACGGGACUACUACAACCAGAUGGGUCGGAUCCCAGACUGGUGCUGCCUGAGCUCCCCUCCUCCUGAGUGUCUGUAUGAUGCAGGAAAGACCCCUCCUCCACUGAUGAAGAGAGCUUUUUCCACUGAGAAGUAGAUCAUUCACAUAAUCCAUAAGUCUAAUCUCAGCAUAUGUCCGGCUAAUGUGUUUAAUACACACACUGUCUGCUCCCCAAACUAACUUUUAGGGGACUAAUUGCUUAUUAUUUAGCUAAAUGUACCCAACACGUGACCCUGCUGACCCAGCACACACACUCUUAGCAGCAGCUUCUGGGAUAAAUCCACUGUGAGGAUUUUUCAGACUGUUGCAUUACUGUGAGCUUCUUUCCGGUGAUGAGAUUUCAAAAGUAAACAUGCCUGCAGUCACAUUGGGGCAGCCGUCUGGUUUCUACGUGCAGCAGUCGGCAGAAACCUAACACUGACGUUUAGUCAUCGAUUCAUCAUCAGACGAUGUUCAUACCGCUUCUUAAGAAUUCAGUGGUGACCUUUUAAUGUUUUUGCACUUAUUUAUUGUUUUUCCUGAGCUGUGGGAUGUUUUUGUUAUGUAAGAAGCUGUAAACAGGAGCUUUUCUACCCAUUAUUAGAUCAGGUUAAAUGAACUAAAGCCCGACACAAACACAGGUGUUUCAGGUUUAGGUGUGUUUGUGUGUGUGUUUGUCUGCAUUAAACAGGUCAGUCACUCCUGAUUGUUAAAGACCAUUGAAAUAAGUUUAAUGUGUUACUCUGUAAACCGUCAGUACUACCAAUAAAAUUUCAGAGCUGA